AUGGUGAAGUCUUAUGACAGAUAUGAGUUUGAAGAUUGUUUUGGGAUUGUGAAUUCCAGAAGCUCGAACUGUAUUUUUUUUAAUAGCAGUCAUAUACUAACUGGCCAUGAUGAAGGAGUAAGUUUGUGGAAUAUUCAGGAAAAAGAAAUAAAGAAAAAGUUGACUGUCCCAUUUGUACCUCCAUAUUAUUUUUUUACAUAUCAUGUAACAUAUAUGUGUUUAAGUGAGAAGAAUAAAAACAUUUUGGCAGUUGGUUAUAUGAAUGGUUCUAUUAGAUUAUUUGACAUUUUUCAAAAUAAAAUAUUAUCAACUUUUAGUGGUCAUACAUCAGCUAUUUGUAAAUUAAAAUUUAAUAAAGGAAAUUAUUUAUGUUCAUGUAGUAAAGAUACAAAUAUAAUAUUAUGGGAUAUAGUGAAUGAUAAGGGUAUGUAUAAAUUAGAAGGACAUACUAAUGCUGUUAAUGAUAUUGAAUUUUUAGAAAUUGAAAAUAAUGAUGUAGAAAAUUUUAUAAAUAAUAAUUUAUUAGUUAGUGUAUCUAAAGAUGGAUUAAUUAAAGUAUGGGAUUUAAAUAUACAAAUGUGUGUUCAAACUAUUGUUGAUUGUGAAGAUGAAAUUAACUGUUUAGUAGUCAAUGAAAGUAAUACUCGAUUAAUAGUAGCAUGUAAUAAUACACUAAGAAUAUAUAAAAUUGAUUUAUUUUCAAAUAUAAAAGAUAAAUUUACAAAUUCAAAAAUUUAUAUCACCUUUUUAUCUGUUAUUAAAAGACCCAAUAAUUGUAAAAUAGUAAACAUGAAAAUAUGUUUAUUGGUUGAAGAUGAAAGUGGAUUAAAACCUGAGGAUUCUUCUUUUCUUAUUCCUCAAAAUGAGGAAGUACUAGGUAAUGCCAUAAGUAAUAAUCAGAUUAGUGGCAAUAAUGAUGAUUCAACAGGAAUAGAAGAAGAUAAAAAAAUUAGCAUUUUAAAUAAUUCGUUAGACAAUACAAAUAAAAUUUGUAACAGAACUAGCUACUCUAUAAAUGGGGAUAAUAAUGGUAUCCUUAUUUGUUGUUCUAAUUUAAAAAAAAUAGAAAUAUAUAAAAUAAAUUCAAUACAAAAUCAAAAAAAAUCUGAAAAGCAAAGAAAAAAAAGAUAUAUAAAAAAAUUAAUUAAAAAAAAAAAUAAUAUUAUUAACGAGCAAACAAAAAUAUUAAAAUUUAAAGGAAAAACAAGUAUAGAUUAUAUUAAUCUAUCUCAAAGAUUAAACCAAAUUGAAAACGCAUUAUUAAUACAUAAUAAAUAUGAUAUCCAUACUGUAAAAGAUGAGAUUAAAUAUGUGUUUUAUUAUACUUGUAAAUUUAAAUUACAAAAUAUAGAUAUAUAUAAAAAAAGAAAACAAGAUACUUCUGUUUGUCUUUUAGUAUCUUAUGCCACGAAUUGUUUGGAUAUCUUUCAAAUUAACCUCUUUGAUAUUUUGAAUAAUCAUGAUAUGUUUAUUGUAAAGGCUGACGAGGAUGAGCAAAUUGAAAAUGAAAAGGGCGAUGAAAGUGAAGUUGAAGAUGAAGUUGAAAAUGAUGAAGAAGAUGAAAAUGAUGAUGAAGAGGAAAGUGAUGAUGAGGAGAACGAGGAAGAAGAGGAGGAUGACAUGCCAAAACGGGCAGCACCAAAAGUUGUAGAAAAAAUAAUAUACGACUACUCUAAAUGUUUCAAAGAAAUAUGUCAAAUUAAUAAUGGACAUAAUAAUUCUGUUGAUUUUAUUAACUUAUCAGAAAAUAAUGAACUACUAAUUUCGAUAUGUAAAAAAUAUGUAAAAAUAUGGAAUUUAAAAAAUUAUCAAAAUAUAAUAACAUUAAAAUUGGAAGGAUGUACAAGUGCUAUUUUUUAUGAGCAUGAUGAGUAUAUAAUAAUAAGUAAUGAUAUUGGUGAAAUAAUGUUAUAUGAAUUAAAAAAUAUAGAAUUAAAAUAUACAUUGAAAGGACAUGCUAAUAAAAUUAUUACUUUAUAUCAAAAUCCAAAAGAAAAAAAGAAUUUUUUAUCAGUCGGUAUGGAAAAUUAUUUAAAGAUUUACUGUCUUACUACUGAAAAGGGUUCUGAAAAUGAGGAAGAAGAAAAUGACAAUUCCUAUGCAAGUGACGAAGAGGAGGAAAAUGAAAAAGUAAAACUAAAUAAAAGCACAAUCCGAUUUAAAGAAGUUGAUUAUUAUAAUUUAACAGAUAAAGUAAGUUGUGCUAUGUAUUCACCAAAUGGACAAUAUAUAUGUAUAGGAUAUUUAAAUAAUUUAAUUGAAGUAUUAUAUAGUGAUACUUUAAAAUUGCAUUUAACUUUAUAUGGUCAUAGUUUACCAAUAACAUGUAUGGAUAUAUCUAAAGAUAAUAAAAUAUUAGCUUCUAGUUCAUCAGAUAAAUUUUUAUUUAUUUGGAAUUUAGAAUAUGGUAGUAUAAAUAAGAGAUUACAUAUUAAUUGUGAUGUAUUAACAAAAAUAAAAUUUUUUAAUGAAACUAAUCACUUGAUAAGUAUAUCUUCAGAUGGUUAUAUAAAAAUGUGGGAUGCCAUUAAAUUUCAAUGUAUAUGUACAAUUGAUGGUAAGUUCGGUAUCCUUACUUCUUUAACUAUUAGUCUAGAUGAUAAUUUUUUUAUAACUUCUGGUAGUCACAAAAGUAUAAGAUGUUGGAAAAGGGGAGAGGAUUUAAUAUUUUUAGAGGAAGAAAGAGAAAAAGAAUUAAAUUUAGAAAUAGAAAAAGAAGCUACUCGAAAUGAUUUAUCAUAUCCAUCAUCAGUUGAAAAAAAUGUUAUACUAAAUAAAGCUACAGUAAAAACUAUUGAAGUUAUAAAAUCAAGUGAAAAAUUAAUUGAAUAUUUAGAUAUUAUAGAAGAAGAAAUAACUUUAUUAGAAACUUAUUAUAAAAAUUUAACAGAAUAUCAAGAAGCAAAAGCAAAAAAUGAAUUACCAGAUUUUGUACAACCACCAACUAAACCAACAUCAAGACCUGAAUUAUUAAAUCAGAACCCAUAUGAAUUUAUUGUAAAAAUAAUGUGUAACAUUAAGAACAAUAUUUUAAAUGAAAUUUUAAUUUCUUUACCUUUUUUUUAUGCAUAUAAAUUAUUAAUUUAUAUGAAAACCUAUUUAAUGUCUUUUUAUUUUUUUCAAAGAAUCCAAGAAAAUCAUAAUAAAUAUUUAGCAUGUGGAAGUUUUAAUUUUUAUGUAGAAUAUGUUAUUAAUAUUAUUUUAUCAAUUAUAAAUAUUUAUAGAAAUCAAUUUUUAUUUGACACAAAUUUUAGAUUUCUUUUAUAUGAAUUACAUCAAUUAAUUAUACCCAACCUCAAAAAUAAUGCAGAUAUAUGUACCUUUAAUCAAACUACCUUGAACUUUUUAGCAAACGCAAUUGAUGACGAUGAAAUAAAUGGAGACCUGACCUUCAACCUUAAGGGAGAGCAAAAGGAAGACGAGUUUGUCCAUGCCCCAGUCGAAGAAGCUGCCCAAUAA